AUGUCUUUAAAUGACAUUGACCAACGUAUUGAAAAUCUAAGAAAAGAAGAAAAACAAAUUCAAGAUGUCUAUAAAGAGCUUACUCGAUUUCUUCAUAGAAAUGCAAUACUUCCAAUUAAUGAUGAUUUUCCUGAUUAUAUUCGAUAUUUUAUUCGUGAAGAACAGUUGAAGCAGAGUGUAGGUGCUCGCAAUACUGAAGUCAUUAAUAAUCUUGAGAAAUUAAUGGCUGACUUUAUGAAUGAUAUGGAACGAUUCAAAAAAACAAUACAAGAUGAAAGAAAUUUAGAAAGUACAACUGAAAGUCUGCGACCUGAAGAUAUAUUCAUUUUGGUUGGUACUCUCUAUCAUUUACCUAUUAAUGGAAAACAAAUUCGUGAUCAAGUUGAGGGAAUCGAAUUUAGUCAAGGAGAAUACAGCGCCAAAGGUGAGGUUCAAGUUAAAUUGCCAGCUAAAGCUGCUUCAUCAAGCGUGAUGCUUCAAUUGAAAGACAUCGUGUCAAAAUGA